AUGCCUCACUCAGACCACUCCCCAUCCCCACCACGCGAUCACUUUCCCGACCUUCCAGUCUUCCCCGACAACGUACCCACCGCGCCACUUCUCCGCAUCUCGCUUCAAAAGCUACUCAACCACGACGAAGAAGAACAAAACAGAUGUUGGCAAGCAUGUCGCGAGCUGGGUUUCUUCUAUCUUGACGUACGCAACUCCGAUACACAUUUAAACAGUGACAGCACCAAUACCACCGAUAAAUCCGCCGUCCACGGCGAUGCGUUACUUGAAUAUGUGGAUACGCUAUUUGAAGUCAUGCGAGACUUCUACGAUCUAGAUGUCUCGGAGAAGAUCAAAUACGAUUUCAAAGACCAAGGCAGUUACUUUGGCUACAAAGGAAACGGCGAAGGUUAUGUCGAUAAGCAAGGGACGAAAGACCGGAACGAAUUCUACAAUAUCUCCAAAGACGACAUUCUCGGCCUCAGUUCCCCCCUUCCCUCCCCAGCCGUCCUGAACCCACAUCGCGACCUAUACAAAUCCUACAUCACAUCCUCCCAUGCAAUCUGCAUGCUCAUAACCUCCCUCCUCUCCUCCCGCCUCCCUCUAGCAACAGAAAAGGUUUCAGCAGGCGGCCUACCCGCAAUCCACCGUCUGCACGCCUCAUCAGGCGACCAAAUCCGCUUCGUCAAAGCACCACCCCAAGAACAAUCCCUCAAGGGCGUCGCAUUAGGCGAACACACAGAUUUCGGCAGCGUCACAGUCCUAUUCAACCGCCUAGGUGGCCUGCAAGUCAGACUGCCAUCCCACAUCUCCCCUCUCGCACCAGCAUCCACAUCCCCACCACCCACAGCCAUCGAGAAGAAACUCUGCGAAGAUGGCUGGACUUCUCAAAUGGCGCGUUGA